UUUCAGUCUUUGGAGAGCACUAGGCGUAUGCUUAUGCUAUGUGAGGAAAGCAAAGAAGCAGGAAUUCGAACCUUGGUCGCACUGGAUGACCAAGGAGAACAACUGGAAAGAAUUGAAGAAGACAUGGACAAGAUUAAUGCUGACAUGAAAGAAGCUGAAGAAGCUUUACAUGGAAUGGAAAAAUGCUGUGGAAUUUGUGCUUGUCCAUGUCAAAAGUCUCAAGAAUUUAAAGAAGAUGCAAGUACCUGGAAAGCUACAGACGAUGGAAAAGUUGUCAACAGUCAACCUGCGCGAGUAAUGGAUGAUAGGAAUGGUGCUGGACCUAUGGGAGGAUAUAUCGCCAAGGUCACAAAUGAUGCUCGUGAAGAAGAAAUGGAAGAAAACAUGCAGCAAGUGAGUACAAUGGUUGGCAAUCUUCGCAACAUGGCUAUUGACAUGGGAAGUGAAAUUGAAUCUCAAAAUCGUCAACUCGAUAGGAUUAAUCAAAAGGCCAAAUCAAAUGAAUCACGUGUCACAAUAGCAAACCAAAGAGCGACCAAACUGCUCAAGGAUUAAUAUGACAACAAACAAAAACCUUGUAGAGUUCAGAAAUUCUUCUCUCUACUCUGCAAUGUUUGCUUAUGUGAUGUGCUGUCAUUUGCAUUUUUGUUUGCUUCUUUUUAUCCAUUUAAUUUCAAUAGAGAGACAUAUAUUUAUAUAACUGCAUAUUGUGGCAAUAUUAUUUAUUGUCAAGCAGUUAUUAAUCUGCUGAAUAUACAUAUUGUACAACCUGGCUUUGCACUAGUGUGCUCAGUCUCUCUCUUCUAUAUCAUUCUAUGCCUUCUCUGAUGUUUAUUCUGUGUUAUGGUGUUCUUGUUAAAAUUCAAAGUUAUUACAAUCAAUGUAUAGUAUUUUAGAUUAUUAAUACAGUUAUUUAGCAUUGGUGUAAGUCAGAAGAGGGCAAUAACGGCGCACAGUAUUCAUUGUAUGUGGUGGUUUGUAACUAUCUCUAAAAUCAUACUGUAACAAAUUAAUUUGAUGAAAUGAUUGACUCAAAAAAAACUAUAUAUACACACAUAUAUAUAUAUAUAUACACAUAUAUAUAUAUAUAUGCCAUUGUAUUGAAUGUAACUUCAUGAAUAUCAUGUUACAGAAUGGUUUUAGAUCUUUUCCUUAGUAAUGUUGUUAUCCAAAAUUGAAAGUACAUUUAUCUCUUUUGUCUUUACAGAUAAACAAAAAUUUACAUAAUUACAUAUAUAAAUAUUUAAAAUGACUAUUGUGAAAACAGUGUUAAAUGUAGUUUAAGCUUCAGAAAAAUUUCUUUGGCUUGAAUUUUAGAAAGUUCUUAAAGAAUCUUGUCUUUUGAAUGCAAAUGGUUUGUUUAUAAUUCAGGAAAGUAUUCACUUAAUAUGAAAAAUAUUUUACAAAUAAAAGGGUAAUUUUAGAAAUUAGUUUGAAAAAAGACAUUUGAAAAGCACAGUAAAGUAUAGAUGGAUCAAUUUGCAUCAUGCUUGCAACAAAUAUAUAAUAUUUAUAAUAUUAACUUUAUUUAAAAAUUAUGGUGAUGAAAGCAGAAAAUUAUUUUGCAUUGUAAAAUUAAGCAACUUGAAUAAUAAACAUUUUUCAAUAUUCUAUUAAUACUAAAUAGUAAUUUAUAACCUGAAAUUAGUCAAAAGUGAAUACAAUAAAUGUGGUGAGCUUUAUGUAUAUUUGCUGGAUAUUAAUAGAAUUCAAUAAAAAGUAAUUUAAUAAUAUAAUAUAGUAGAAACAGUCAAAGUUAACAAAAUUACAGAAAUAUAAAUGUUAUACUGUUGUGUUUCACAAAUUGUUUUAUCCAGGAUUAAUGACAUUUUUAAACUUGUAGAAUUUUGAUUUUAUUUUUAAUGCCUCUAAAAUUAUCUGAACAUUAAUAUACAUUGAUGUAAAAAUUUUGCAUGUAAAUAUAUAUCUAUAAAUGAAAUGUGAUGAAUUUAAUGUGGGAAAAAAUCAUAUAGAUAUGAUUUAAAAAAUUCAAGUUUACUUGAUCAAAUGAAUUUGAAUGAAUUUUAAAUGGUGCAUUAACAAAGCCUUAUGCCAAUACAUAUUAAAAAUUUAUGCACAAAUAUUUGUAAAAUAUGUUAUAAUUCGUUAAAACUUGGUUGUAAAUCAUUAGGAUACUUCUUUAGUGAAUGUUUUAAUUUAUAAUGUGUAUACAAAUAUUCCACUUAUGUGUAUUAAUAAUUGUGCAAUAUAUUGUUUGUUUAUAUACAAUAUAUAUAUAUACAU